UCCUUUCUUCUUCUUCUUCUUCUUCUUCUUCUUCUUCUUCUUCUUCAACUUGUAGCCAUAGAACAAUCAAUAUUCUGAGAAGAAAUCGAUGGAGUUAAUUUCACCAAGGCCGUUAACAGGAGAAAUGGAACUGAAGCAAGAGCUUUUUCUGAGGGCUGAGGAGCUCGAGAGGCUUGUGGCAAUAUACAAGCUCAAGCUGUGCGGUGAAGACAUGGCUUCCUUGAAUUAUGGUAGCAAGUUGUUGCAGCAAAGCAAUAAAGAUGUCUUGGAAGACCAGAGAGGCCAAUUCUAUGAUAUUUACAUGAGGAAAAGAGAAGAAAAGUUGAGGGAGGAAUGGCGAGCUAGAGGGGCUGAGAAGGAAGCAGAGUUGAGGGCAAUGAUGGAGACUCUACAUAGCACCUCUUCCACAUUGAUGAAGAAGGGCAAGACAAUGGAGCCCAAGUAUGCUCAUUCUUCCACUUAUCGGAUUUCGGCGGCAACCGCAUGUAAUCCCGCUAUCAGUUCCUUCAAGACAGCCUCCCUGAGAAAAGAAAACCUCAAGUCAUCAACUGGAAUCAGCAAUGAGACUACCCUACAAUGGAGUGUUGCCCGAAGCCAGAGCUCCAAUGACAAGUUGAGCCUUGUCAAAGAUAUCAAGGCUAGAAGGUCACAAUCCUUGCAUAAAAACUGUGUCAGUCUUGGUGAGCCAAAAGACUUUAUACAUCUGAAUUAUAAUCCUGAUACUUCAACACAACCAAUGAAUACUAAUCCUCAAAGGAGUGGAGCACAAAGGCCAUUACACGGGAAAAGCAGUGGUACAACUCCAACUGCAGGAAUCAGUAAAGCUAAAUCAAGUAAUUCCCAAAUUCAGGUUGAGGAAUACACUGAAUUGCUGAAAGAAGGGAAUGAUGAAAAUCGAAAGCCAAGGAUCAGCAAAGAAAGUUGGAAUUCUGCAUAUCAUAGAUUUGGAAGUAGAAGUCAAUUUGUUGCAAGUCCUAAAUCAAGUAAUUCUCAAAUUCAGAAUUUUCUUCCUGAUUUACACGAGGUAUCUGAUUUUGAUUCGUCAGUGGAUUCUCAGCGCUCUGACCCAGCUAAAGAAGAUUUGCAGAAAAUGAAUCAAUAUCUGGAAGGAAAGACCGUUAGGGAGAGGAAGAAAUGGGGGAGUUUAGAGCGACCUUUUGUGGCUGUUGAUGCAUCCACUCAUCCCAUCAUGGAUGUAACAAAAGGGAUUAAGAGAUUUUUGAAAUUUGGAAAGAGAAGUGGAUCGUCAAAGAUGAUAACCACGAUUCCGAAAAUUAUAUUUUUAAGAGUCCGAGAAAUUCGAGGAUAGAACAGAGUCCAUCUUUUGGUAUUUUCCAUCAGAAUGAAACAACUAUGAACAAGCAGCGUGUUCUAUCGUCUCUUCCACCAUUUCAGGUCAGGGUAAAUGAAAGUAAGAACAGAUGAAGGAACCAUCACGAAGUAUUUAAUAGAAGAUCUAGAUUUUCAUGUUGAAUGAAUGUUUUGAGGAUAUUGCUUGUUUGCUUCCAUUUAUUUUCAAAUUUAAGGUUGGCCUUGUUAAUAUGCCUCAUUAUUUUCCCAUUCUGAAGAAUGAUGUUAAGGAAAUGUUUAUUUAUUAAACAAGCUAUUCUUUG